GAUGUCACAAAGGUCCGUUGAUAUCUUCAGUUUCAGUGUUAGGAGGAAACAGUUGGUUAACCUUUCAGCACAGAUCACAAGCACAGACGAGACCAUUUUGAUGCAACAGUGUUUUUAUUGACUGCUCAAGUUCUGUUCUUGUACACUUUUCGACAUAACUUUAAGAAGAAGUUAAUGUUCAAAGUGCAAAAGCAAAAGUUUAACCAUAAUAAAAUAGCUAGGUCUAACGUUUCGCAAAUGGAAGUCAUGGCUCUCGCGAAAAAGGUGAAAACUGACCAAGAGGAGGUGAAAGAGCUGAAAACCCAACUCCAGCUAAGCCAAGAUGAAACAUUUAGCGUUGAGAGCUUUACCUGUACUCAGGCUAACUUUUUGGAGUUAGUUCAGAGAUUCAGAGAAUACGAAGACAAGAAGAUGGCGGAGGAGAAGGCCAAGCACAGAGAAGAGCUACUGAUCGUCGAGGAGCAGAAAGAAAAACUAGCGGCCGAGUUGGAAGAACUCAGAGCUACACUACCCCGAAUGGACAUGGAAAACAAAAAGGUAGUGGAGAACUUGAAAAAACAGCUAGGAGAAAGAGACAAUCUCAUUGCUACAGAAAAUAAGAUAAAGGAUGAAACACAAAUGGAAGAAUUAAUGGAGCGCAAAGAACUGGAGAUGAUUAUUGAAAAGCUGAAGAAGAAGAAGAAAGAUCUUACCGGAAAGGUUUCGGCAUUAGAGAAUGCGGUCAAAGACAAACAAAAUGUAAUUGAAAACAGAAAUCUGGAGAUAUCUUGUUUAGUGAGGGACAAUAAACAAUUACAACAGGAUGGGGCUAAAGAAAAGGAAAACAACGCUGUUCUACGUGAUGAAGUAAACGGGUUGAAAGGCAUACUCAAAUCCGUCAAGGAAGAUUUGACGACACAGGCUGAGCUCAAAAAAACGAGAAAGGAGCUGAAGAAGGCCAACCGAGAGAACGCCAACCUGGAUGCAACCGUCACACAUCUCAAACACUGUGAUGCAGACCUGAUUAAUGAGAUAGAGAAAAACAUGAGCAGCUAUAUCACGCAGUUCAAGACCGAUCUGCAGGAAUGCAUUGAUUAUACCUCGGACCCCACGGAAUGUGUACAGAAUAUCAUUGAGGUCAAAAGACGUUACAUCGACAAUGACACCCAAGUACAGAUGGAUGAAAACACUGAGGCUUAUCUUAUAAAAGCGGUUCCUGAUAGUGACGUAACAAUCAGCCAUUACAGAAAGCGCCUCGAAGCCUUGAAACAUUACCAAGAAUUGAAUUUUAAGAGAAGAGAGCAGGAACACAGAGCCUUAACUUAUAUAAUCAACAAGAAGACGAUGGAGCAGCACAACAUAACAAAAGAACUCAAAGAAACAAAACGGCUUCUUGAAAAGGCAAAAAAGCCGCCACUGCAGAAAAUAAUGUCCUGGAUAAAUAAGAAAGUGCUACGAAAAAACAUCAAUGUCGAACCAUCAUCUCUUCUCACAGGUGACAGCCAGCCACCGGUCCUCCCUGAUGACAGAAUCGUAUCAUCUGUGCAUUCCUGUGCAGAUACCACGAUAUCAUCAUCUACGCAGACACAUCAAUACAUGGACGGUGUCAUUCACGUGAGGCCGUAUCAUUCAUUACAUUACAUUACAUUACACGUCAUUUAGCUGACGCUUUUAUCCAAAGCGACUUACAAUUGCUAUAUACGUCAGAGGUCACACGCCUCUGGAGCAACUAGGGGUUAAGUGUCUUGCUCAGGGACACGUUGGUUGAUGUAUCACAGUGGGAUACGAACCCAGGUCUCCUACACCAAAGGCACGUGUCUUAUCCACUGCGCCAUCCCCACCCAUUCAGCGAUCAGUGAUCUCCCAAAAGUUGACUGCUAAAACUCCCCUUAACCUGUUAACACCCGCGGUGAUGGCGUGGUGCAGCAUGUCAGGGCCACAUGGUGGAUCCGUGAGAGGUUACGCCGAAUGCUUCGGUUUUCUCCCACACACCAAAUCAAUUGUGACAGUAAUUGUGAUAAUUACAAUCAAUUUCAAAUAAAAUGACAGUAAUUGUGAUAAUUACUAUCAAUUUCAAAUAAAAUGAACAACUUCAGCUCAAUAUCUGUUCUUGUAUUUCCUGUAUCUGUGAUACCUCAUGUAUGAUUUAAAUAUUUGAAACCUUCAAAGAGGUAUGCAUACGUCUUUUCUAAAUAAAAAAAUACAAUAUACACAAAAACAGUAAACAAAAUAUAGGAAAUGGCUGCGUAAGUAGUUUGAGCACUUUGUGCAACGUGCAGAUGAUUGUACAUGCAAAGUGUAGUGACAGAUAGAUGGAUAGAUACUUUAAUAAUACCCAAGGGCAAAUUCAAAGAAGUGAUUAGGCCCCAGUGAGAUUUGAACUCACCCUGGUUUACAAGACCAGUGCU